CACAGUCAGGGUGUGGUCACACUGACCGGCAAUAUUUUGAUCAAGAAAUCGCAAAGAUGCGGAUAUUCUACGGAGUUGUUGCGUUCCUGGUGGCCACCAACCAUCAAUCCGCCCAGGCUAUUCAGGCGCGGAGCGACAAGGAGCAGCCGCAGACGGUGGUUUCCGGCACGGCAGUGCAGUCGGUGGUGCCCGUGCAGGCGCAACUUGGCUCCGGAAUGGGACCCUCAUCCUCGUCGUCAUCAUCCUCCGGUUCCGGCGGCGGAGCUGCAAACUCGGCCUUUUACCCGUUGGGACCGAACGUCAUGUGCUCGUUCCUGCCGCGCGACUUUCUGGACUGCAAGGAUCCCGUUGAUCACCGGGAGAAUGCCACCGCACAGCGGGAAAAGGAUCACGGCUGCCUCAAGUUCGGAGGAUCCACCUACGAGGAGGUGGAGCACGCCAAGGUGGUGUGCACCGUGUUCGCGGACAUCGAUUGCUACGGCAAUCGCACCUUCCUGCGCGAUGGAGUGCCCUGUGUCCGCUACACGGAUCACUACUUCGUGACCACCCUGAUCUACAGCAUGCUCCUCGGAUUCCUCGGCAUGGAUCGCUUCUGCCUGGGACAAACGGGCACCGCCGUCGGCAAACUGCUCACCAUGGGCGGCGUGGGCGUCUGGUGGAUCAUCGACGUCAUCCUGCUGAUCACCAAUAACCUGCUGCCGGAGGACGGCAGCAAUUGGAACCCCUAUGUCUAGACGUGUGAUAUGCUUGUGUCCUCUAGCUUUAAGUAGUUCAGUAAGCUCGUUAAGUAAACCACGCCAAAUUCUGCAUAAUUUAAUCUUA